AUGACCCAUAGCCAUGGCAUGGAUGUGGAGGAGGGAAAAGCUGGCGGCGGCAAGGGGCGUUCGCCAACACCGACACCCAAUCGGGAUGGUGGGGCAACGAGUGGCGCAGGUGGUGGUGGUGGUGGAGCAGCGGCACCCACAGCAACCGGAGGCGCCACAACCAGCGGCGGCAGAUCCACACUACAUGCCAACAAAACGAUACUGAAAACGGUGUCGGUGUUCCUCGCCAGCGGCAAGCGCAACUCGAGCAACCAGCAGUCGAAGAACGCGGCGGCUGCCCUGCAGAACAAGCGCCAGCAGCGCCAACGGAGGAUGGACGAGCUGAGCGGCAAGGUGAACCCCAAGCUGCUGGACAGCCUGCGCAAGAAGACGCGCUUCACCAAGGAUGAACUGGACGCCCUGUGCAGGAUCUAUCGCAAGCUGGUGUCCAACUGCCAGUACGCGGCCAAGACGCUGGCCUCCAGCUCCUCGAGCGCCGCGAUUGCCAAGCCCCAUGCCGCAGUGGAGGGCAUCGAUCGAAUCGUGUUCCGAGAGCUCCUGCACAGCACCUUCGACAUCGUCACCGAGGAGAUCCUGAUGGAGCGCAUCUUCUGCAGCUGGGACAAGGCCCACGAGGGACUGCCCCUUCGAUUGGAAGGCUGGCUCAUUGGACUCUCCACCUUCCUGCGGGGAACGCCGGCGGAACGAGCGGCCUUUUGCUUCCGGGUCUACGAUCUGAACACCGAUGGCUUCAUCACCAAGGACGAGAUGUUCACGCUGCUGAGGAACUGCCUGAUCAAGCAGCCGCAGGACGAAGAUCCCGACGAGGGAGUCAAGGACCUCGUCGAGAUUGUGUUGAAAAAGUUCGACCUGGACAAGGACGGCAAGGUAUCCUUGGAGGACUUUAUGGGCACGGUCACAGCUGAGCCCCUGCUAAUCGAAGCCUUUGGACAAUGUCUUCCCACGGACAGUGCGGUGGUUUCCUUUUUCUCAACGCUGCAGGUGUGAUCUGCAAACGAUUAUAAAUUAAAUUAAAUUUGUUUAAAUUUGUUAUAUAUUUUAUCAAUGACAUACAACACAGUUCUGUUUUGAAUUUGUUGAUACUUUUAUCUGUUUAAAGUAACACAACUUGUUUGGUAAACAACUUUAAAGACAAACUGACUAGUUGACUAUUAUUUAACUAACUUGAAGUGACUGUAAGUUUAAAGAUUAUUUACAGUGAGUAAUGCUUCUAAGUAUCUUUGAAUUUGUCAU